CUUGUGAGCUGCUAGCGGGUCUGAGUGCUGUUAUUGUUGUCUUAGCAGCCAUGGAGGAGCUGAGCGCGGUUGGAGAGCAGGUUUUUGACGCCGAAUGCAUCCUCAACAAGCGACUCAGGAAGGGAAAGUUGGAGUUUCUGGUCAAGUGGAGAGGAUGGUCGUCCAAACAUAACAGUUGGGAGCCGCAAGAAAACAUCCUGGAUCCCAGACUGCUGGCGGCCUUCAACAAGAAAGAACAAGAGAAGGAGCUCCUGAUGCGCAAGCGAGGGAAAAGGCCGAGAGGACGACCACGGAAAAUUCCGGAGAACAUUCCUGAAGCUGUCAAGUCCAACAGCUCCUCCUCAGGCUCAUCGUCCUCAUCCUCAGAUUCCUCUUCUUCCGGUUCCUCUUCUUCCUCAUCCUCCUCAGAAGAUGAUGAUGACGACGAUGCAGACGAGGACAGCCACAUCAAGCAGGCAAACAUCCGAGACCUCCACCCCGUCCCUCAGAAGAAAGCGCAGAUUGUCGUAGCCAAACAGGAGCCCCCCAAGAAACGAGGUCGUAAACCUCUCUCUCCGGAAGUGAAGGAAUUCCGACAAGGAAAAGUCCCUCAGAAGAUGACCAAAGAUUGUGAUCUUCCAGGAUCUAUCAAGAAGCCUGUUCACCUCGCCAGCUUCACCUUCAUGGGCUUCAACAGGGGAUCAUCCGUGGGUGGUCAGAACCGCGGGUCUCUGGGCCAGGGAGGGGACUCCAGAAACUCUUUGAGCUCUGUGGCUUCCAGUAGAUCCGUCCCACCUUCCCCCAUCCCUCUGAACAAAUCCAGCCCAAGCAGGAAUGUCGCUGAGGGGAAACUGUCCGUCUCCAGUCUGGACUCGUGCAAAUCAAGAGGAGUAGCGGCUUUGAACUUGAACACAUCCAGGCAUCACGUCCCAGGAUCCCCUCAGCACACCCUGAACCCCACCAGCGGGCAAAAGGCUCACGUGUUGCAGAGAAUAGCCAACGCUAAGGCCAUGGCCUCCCAGCAGUCAAAUAAUCUUCAUCCGCUGAACCUCCACAACAAAGUCAUGCACACCAGUGAAUCACCUGGAAAUGGUCCCGGGACUGCUUCAGCUCUGAGAAAUGCAGCAAGCCCUGCACGCAAAACUGCUCUCAACCAGAACCAGGAGUACAAGACCCCUCAGAGUGCAGCUACCCCGGGGGGACCCUGUAAGAACCAGUCUGCCGUUGAAAAGGAGGCCCAGACCUCCAGAAGUAAAGUGGAGAAAGGUGGAGUCCAUAAGUCUGACGCUUCCAAAGACGGAAAGAAAGCCAAGACGAGCGAGAUGAGCACGGGGGAGGACGAGAGCGGCUCAGAUUCUGAUCAGGACUCGUCAGACGUCGGUCAGGACGGUUUGGCGGUGGUCCAGAACCAAGACUGGAAGCCCACUCGCAGUCUGAUAGAACACGUGUUUGUGACGGAUGUCACUGCUAAUCUGGUGACUGUCACAGUGAAGGAGUCUCCAACCAGCGUGGGCUUCUUCAGCAUCCGGAACUACUGACAGAACUUGACCAUCACGCUGUUGUAAUUUAUUGACUUCUUUGAACACACCUUGACAAAAGGGGUCUCUCAUACCGAAACACUUCAAGACCAAAGAGACGUGUUCGGUCUCUUGAUAAGCUGAAAAUUGUUCUCCUGGACUUGUCCUUUGAGGACCAAGAGCGUUUCUUCCUCGGGUGAAUUCAUGCUGCAUUUGAGACUACUGGGAAGUCGCAAAUAUUCCACUUGGAAAUAAUUUAGCUGUUAGCAGUCCAGAAAAUAUACUCUGAAUAACUGGCCAUACUUCUUUACGUGCAGAAAGCCAACAAAAAUUGUCCGUCUUUAGGGGGCUGCUAUGAUUGCUCUUCGGUUUGUCCAAGGUUUGCUGGGACAAACUGGGGGGGGCAGGUUUGUUGGACAUUUGCGACUUCCUAGUUUUCUGGAACGCUGCGAUGCAGGGUAUUCAGGAAAAUACCCCAGCAGCCAAAAGCAGGCGUAAUAAGAAGACUGCAUAAUUGGGUUUUGUAUUUAGUUCAGCAAUCAAUCAAUAGUUUGUGUAAAUCACCUUGGAACCAAGUCGAAGUCUCUAGUGUAUUUUUAUAUUAGCUACCUCUGUUUUCUACAAUGUUUGCUCCAAGGAGCCUGGUCUUACUGCUGACUCCCAAAACUGCUCCGUUUUAUCAGAACAUUGGUCCAAAACAGGCUGAAGCCUGCCGAGACAGAUACAGUGUCCCCCCCGUGUCUGAUAAGACUCCCCCACUAUCACCCCCUCCCUCUGUGAAGUAUUCAGCAGCUAGCAACCAUGUUCACACAGCAGGAUGAACACCUGACAAGGUUCUGUUGGCGAGGUCCCGUGGGAGCGAGUGGGUGUGGACUGUGAGACAAUAAAGCACCAGAUGUCUCUGAGCCACUUUGGUUGUUUCGUCUCAGCUGCUGACGUCUCUUUGGGAUUUUUGCUGCACCUCUUUUAUCUGACCGUGUAACACAAAAGAAGUCCCAACAAUGUGCGCCACUUUCCGCUCUCCUGAGAGGGUUCGCCAACAAAGCGCUUCCUCUGAACUCUGCGGACUAAUCCGGCGACCCGGCACUGUGCCUUUCUCUUAGACCAACACAAAGACACACGAGUCCAGGUUGUCCAGGAUUAUGGAAGCGCUCGGCGACGCUUGUUGGACAAAUACUGCAAGUCUUACUCAAACAGGAAGUUCCAUUAGUUUUUUUGUUGGGUUUCCAAAGUGUCAUUUCCUGUUUUUGGAGAUAUCAAUGGUGCUAAAGUCUUCAAGUUUGGGAACAACAUCAGAAGAUGCUAGAAUAAAUGU